AUGGAAGGAAAUGCUCGCCGAGACCCAGAGCGCCCACGGGACUCCGGGGAGCAGUCCAACCGGGCCAUCCUGCCCCUCUUGCAGCCACCUGGCAACCAACAGUCUCACAGGAUCACUAACUUUUACAUCGACAACAUUUUGAGGCCGGACUUCGGCCUGAAGAGGAAGGAUGGGGCUCCGGAUCGGCAGGGAGACGCUCUUGGAGUGCUCAUACAAAGAGAGGAGCUGUCAGGGAGAAAGCCUCCCAAAAGUGCUAACCCUCGGCAGGGUGGAGCAGGAGGCAAAGAAGAGGAGAACCCGGGAGAGCAUGAAGACCAGCAUCCGGACACUGACGCCAGGAGGCCCGGCGUGGUGGCCCGUGAUGUGGCGGCUAAUGACCGCUGCCGCAGCCCUCAGGCCAGCACUGCCACAGCGGCCAAGCCGAUGCUGUGGCCAGCUUGGGUGUAUUGUACUCGCUACUCGGACCGUCCGUCAUCAGGGCCCAGAUCUCGCAAACCAAAGAAAGCGCCGACCCCGAGUAAAGAGGACAAACGGCCCCGGACGGCCUUCACCGCGGAGCAGCUCCAGCGGUUAAAAAUAGAGUUCCAGAACAACCGCUACCUGACCGAACAACGGAGGCAGAGCCUGGCCCGGGACCUCGGUCUCAACGAGUCUCAGAUCAAAAUCUGGUUUCAGAACAAGCGUGCCAAAAUCAAGAAGGCAUCCGGGAAUAAAAACUCUCUGGCGCUGCAUCUCAUGGCGCAGGGACUGUACAACCACUCGACAGCCAAGGACGCCAAGUCGGACAGCGACUAG